AUGAAGAUAAGCUCAUCUAGCAGUUCUGAUAGUGAUGAAAUUCAAUUGGUAGACACGGAUGACGACAUGGACCAAGAUGAUGUCGAUGUGGAAUGCUUUUAUUGUUCCAACUGGUUCUCUGAAGAUAUUUCUGGAUCCAAGUGGGUCCAAUGCAUGAAGUGUCUGCGUUGGUGUGACGAAGAUUGCUCAGAGAUAGGCAAGGAGAAAUCAUUUAUUUGUGAAUUAUGUUUAGAUGGAUAA